AUGGAGGUGGCGACAGCUUCACGUAGCAGCGCCGUUGAAGAAGAUGCUUCGCGUAAGAGGAAGCGAUACGGCAGGAGAGAAGAACCGGAAGAGGGUCGCACGGGGAGCGAUGCGAACAACGGAAAUGGCGAAGACGACGAGGGCGAGGGGGUGGAGAAGUGGGUCCCCUUGAAGCAGAGGAAGAAGAUGCUGAGAGAGAAGCUGGAUCUCAGGCGGAAGAGGAAGACGGGCGCGAACGUGGAGGAAGAGGAGCAGGUGGUGGAGGAGAUUCCCACGGCCGGGCCGCGUGCGAUGCGAUCGCUGCUCGAUGAGAAGGUGGAGAUGUUGCAGCAAGGUGAAGGCGAGCCGCUCGAUCCGAAGCAGGAAAUUCAGAUAGAGGAGGCCGAGAUGCUGGACGACACGGCCAAGGAAGCCAAGAUCCUCAUUCCUGUCGGCCAGAGGGCCAAGGAUAUCACUUUCUCAGACUCGAUCGAGACCAGCUGGCGGCCGCCUCGUUGGGUGCGCGAGAUGUCGGAAGAGGAUUGCCAGGAAAUUCGCGACGAGUGGCACAUCCUGGUCGAGGGAGAGCGCGUGCCCAACCCCAUCAAGCGAUUCGAGGACAUGAAGUUCCCGCGCCCCAUCAUCGAGUCUCUGCGCGACAAGGGCAUCAAGAAGCCGACGCCCAUCCAGAUCCAGGGCCUGCCGGUCAUCCUUAGCGGCCGCGACAUGAUCGGUCUCGCCUUCACCGGUUCCGGCAAGACGCUCGUGUUCUCGCUACCACUCAUCAUGCUCGCACUCGAAGAGGAGAAGAAGAUGCCCAUCACCAGCGGCGAGGGACCGUUCGGCAUCAUCGUCUGUCCGUCGCGCGAACUGGCCAAGCAGACGCACUCGGUGAUCAGCCGCAUCUGCGAUUACCUGGCCCGCGCUGGUAACCCGCAGCUGCGCACCUUGCUGUGCAUCGGCGGCGUGCCGUUCAAGGAGCAGGCCGACCUCGUGCGCCGCGGCAUUCACAUGAUCGUCGCCACGCCCGGCCGUCUGCUCGACUUCCUCAAGAAGAAGAAGUUCACGCUCAACCUGUGCAAGUACCUGGCCCUCGAUGAGGCCGACAGGCUCGUGGACAUGGGCUUCGAGGAGGACCUCUCCGGCGUGACCAAGAAGAUCCAGGACUUCGCCAAGAAGGCCCUCGUCCAGCCCGUCGUCGUGAACGUCGGUCGUGCCGGUGCAGCCAAUCUCGACGUCAUCCAGGAGGUCGAGUAUGUCAAGCAGGAGGCUAAGAUCGUGUAUCUCCUCGAGUGCCUCCAGAAGACGCCACCGCCCGUGCUCAUCUUCUGCGAGAGCAAAACCGACGUGGACGACAUCCACGAAUAUCUGUUGCUCAAGGGCGUGGAAGCCGUGGCCGUGCACGGUGGCAAGGACCAGGAGGAGCGAGAGUACGCCAUGUCCUCCUUCAGGGAGGGAAAGAAGGACGUCCUCGUCGCCACAGACGUCGCGUCCAAGGGUCUCGAUUUCCCCGACAUCCAGCACGUCAUCAACUACGACAUGCCCAAGGAGAUCGAAAACUAUACGGGUAUCGCGACGACGUUCAUCAACAAGAACUGCGAGGAGACCAUCCUGCUCGAUCUCAAGCAUCUGCUGCUCGAGGCCAAGCAGCGCGUGCCGGCCGUGUUGUCGUCGCUCACGGGCGAGGACGUCGCGGUGGAGGAGAUCGGCGGCGUCAAGGGCUGCGCGUUCUGCGGCGGUCUCGGCCAUCGCAUAGCCAACUGUCCCAAGAGGGCGCACGCCACCCAGAAGCAGGCUGCCGGCACCUCGUCCAGAGAGGUCCUCACCGGAGGCGACUACUAA